GAAACAUGGCGGCCUCCAGAGGAGCUGUAGUGUUGAAGACAGUGAAGAAAAUUGUUGUCCAGUUUUGUCCUUUUGAAUCCAAUGUUCGAGCCACACGAGACUUUCUUGUCUUAGUUGGAUCGGAAAAGGCCAGAGCUACAAACAUGAACUGUGAAGUUGUAGCAGAAGUGAAACAUGACCGGUCAGAACCUGUGAUCAACAUCACGUUCUUGGAUGGUGAAAGGUUAGUAAUGAAAGGUGCCAAGCUGACAAGCCAGGAAAUGCUUUCUGCCCUACAGACACGCUGCACUGCUAAAGACCCUCAGUCUAAAGCCACAGGGAAGAAGUAGAUUUAUAGCUGUAUAGGCUUUGUGUAUAUUUAUUAACUUUUCAUUCAAUAAAACUCUCAAGCUCUUUUUCAGUUGUUUUGCAUGGGUGGUUUUGAUUAAAAAAAUAAUGAUUUUCAUAAAUAUUACAGUUGAUGUUCUAUAAAAUCAGUGACCAGACCACACUACUUUCCCAAGACAGUUUUUACCUGAGACUCCCCCUUGCUUCAGUGGAUAAUCUCACUUGGAUACUGUAGACUUGUUCCUACAACCUGCUACUGUAAUCAUAAAGACCGUCCUGUGCUCAUUGCAACAUACUUAUACCGACCAUCCUUUCAACACACUUAGGACUGUUUUUAUAUAGAAACGGGUUCCGUCUGGCCGGCCACGUUUUCAUUUCCGGGCCAUAUCUUUAAAAUAACCGAAGAUAUCUUCAUGAAACUUUGUAUACAUAUCAAGCAACAUGUGAACUGGUGCCUUUUGCUAUUUUGGAUUUUUGAAGAAAAAAAGUAUUUUUCAAAUUUUUACAUAAAAAAAUAGAUUUUGACUUAGUUUCUAAGAGCAAUGUUCGUUUCUGGAGCAUAUAUCCAAAACUAUUCAUGAUACGGAUUUGAAACUUGGUAUACAUGUUAACAAGGCGAUAUAGAUAUGCCUUUUCAUACUAAGAAAUUUGAGAAAUUUUAAGUUUUCAUGUUUCCAUGGAAACAAUUUCAGACUUAGUCUCUCAGGUUAGUCUUAGAGGUAGGUUUUGGUUCCAGAGCAGAACUUAAACUAUGAGUGGUAUGAUCUGGAAAGUUGGUAAACUGUAUGUGUUGAUUAAGUAAUGUAUAUGUGCCUUUUGAUACUAAGAAAUGUGAGAAAUUUUUAGCUCACCUGGACCAAAGGUCCGAUGGGCUUAUGCCGUGGGCUGCUGAGGUCAGUGUAAAGAGGUAGGGUUAGUUUCCUGCAACAGAACUUGAAAAAUGUGACAAAUAAUAUCUUGAAACUUGGUAUAUAGUUGGUAUAUAGGGCAGGGGAUAUAGAUGACUCUGUCUUCUUGUCUACUCUUCUACCCCUGUACACUGUCAUGAUUUAUAAUCUCAUGAUGUGGUAAAAAGGAUGGCUUCCCUUUCUGUGAAGCUGCUCUGUAACAAUGUCUAUUGAAACAGUUAUGCAAAUAAAAUUUUGUGUGAGAUGAUCA